AUGCCGAACACCAAGACGGUCAGUGUGCCUCAUCUGGGCGGAAUCGACGCGGCGUACCAAAUGCCUCAUGAGUACGACUCUUCCAAACCAACGCUUGUGCUAGUCAACUCCUUCACCACUUCGAGCGAAUUGUACCAAAGCCAGUAUGCCAACGCCGAGCUGAAUCGAGCAAUGAACUUGAUCGCAAUCGAGCUGCUGGGCCAUGGACAAACAAGGACGAAGUCCGAAGAAUUCACUUAUUGGGAUACCGCCAUCAUGAAUCUUCAGUUGUUGGAGAAGCUUGGGAUGAGUGGGGAUGGCAAGAAAGUUUUUGUUUUGGGAACGAGUGCCAGUCAAGGCGGGUGGAUUACGGUCAGGAUGGCCCUCCUGGCGCCGGACAAGAUCUCUGGUAUCAUUCCUCUUGGCACGUCGAUGGACUACGAGUCCGAACGAACUCGCAAGCUCGGCUGCUGGAAUGGCCCAGAACUCUUGACGCCGAACAUCAAAGCCUGGACGACCAACGACAAGACAUCCUCUUUCCAGCCGAAAGAGGAAUAUUGCAACUUUCUGAUCGACAUUGGCUUCGGGAAAGACUGUCCAAAGGAGACCCGAGACUUCUGGAUUGAGACCAUCCAGUCGAAUUACCAAGGUGAUGAUGGUCGUCGUCGCGCUCGCAUGGCUGCGAUCAACCUGAGAGAGCGGGACGGUCUGCAUGGGAGGCUGUUUGAUGUUAAGUGCCCAGUCUUGUGGCUCCACGGGACAAGCGAUGCAGUAUACAGCGUUGAGAACGCCCAGGAGGAAAUCAAGCUGUUCGAGAACUCAUCUGAUGCCCAGCUGGAGAUUGUGAAGGAUGGACAGCACUUUUUGAGCUUCAGUCAUCCGAAAGAGGUCGAUGGCGCGCUCAUUGAGUUCGUUGGAAAGUAUGGAAAGUGA